UGUUGCAUUCAAAUUGCAGGGGUGCAUCGGCAAUAAACUGGACACUGAUCUGUGGUGAUGAAAAUGCUGGCCUUACAGUAUUCUGGCCAGAUAGCGGCCUGGACACAGGGCCAAUCCUGCUACAAAAAUCGACAAAGGUUGCAGAAAACGAUACGGUCACCUCAAUUUAUACUCGAUUUCUUUAUCCAGCCGGUAUUGAGGCCAUGGUAGAAGCAGUGGAACUCAUAGCAGCUGGAAAGGCACCGCGUAUACCGCAGCCAGAAGAAGGAGCUUCUUAUGAGCCUCAUAUAACAACGAAGCCAAUUCUUGCACAGCUUGACUGGAACAAAAAUCAGUCUCAAAUGCAUAAUUUUAUACGUGGAAACGAUGCAAUCCCUGGUGCUUGGGUUAUACUCAAUGGUAAAAAAGUGAUGCUGUUCUCGUCAAAACGCUACAAGAAAAAAUCAUUGCCACGAAAUGCGAAAGAAAUUGCGGUAAUGGAAGCCCCCGGAGGUAAAGUGUAUGUGCAUCCGUACGGGUUGUUGCUUCCCACCAGUGACGGCAAAUUUGUAAGUUCAUUACUUUCACGAUCGGUUUAUUCACCAAAGCGUAGCACUCACAAGAUGACGAAAAUACUGUUUCAGUGUUUGCAGUUAUUUUUCGAUUCGUCUCACCUCACAAGUUACUUAACUUCAUCUAGCCCGUUUUUAUUGGAAGAAGAACUAUUCCAUUAA